AUGAUCCUGGCAGGGUCACGUAUUCUUGGCCGAGCAUUUGCUAAGGCACUUCAAGAAGAAUACGCUGCAAGUAAAAAUGCUGCUAGAGCUCGAUCUGGUGCCAAUCAAUCUUCAUCUCGACAGUCAGAAACUUCCUCUAGUGUGUCAGGGAUCUCGUUAGAGGAGGCUAAACAAAUCCUUAAUGUAAGUGAUAUCUACAACACAGAAGAAGUUAACAAAAGGUACGAUCACCUCUUUACGAUAAAUGAUAAGAAAAACGGUGGUUCCCUCUAUCUUCAAUCCAAGAUAUUCAGAGCAAAGGAGCGUAUUGAUGAAGAAUUACAAGCGCAACCUCAUGACGCAACCCCCCAUGACGAAGUAUAG